UCUUUAUUAACUGGAGUAAAUUAUGCUUUGACAUCUUGAGUACUCGUGUAUGUAUGCUGUGUAUCAAGCUACUAUCUGAGAUAGUCUAAAGUAGGUCUUAAUAAAUUGGAUCUGUGACAUAAAAGGCAACAAAUAAUUAAGUAUAAGGAGAUAUUUAAAAGAAUUUUAAGGCCCAGACAACAUUGGACCAUAACGUCAAUACAUAUACUGUGUGUGUGUGUAUGUGUGUGUAUAUAACACAUACAGACACACUUAGACAUUUUUAAUUUUAAAAUUGUGCACUUGUAAAACAUCUACUAUAAUGUAACAAAUCAUUAGUGAUAGCUACGGAGAAAAAGGUUUUUGCUGCCAAACAAUGUAGUUAUAACAUUCACCAGCAGGGAAUAUCAGCGCUAUGCUAACUAGCCAAAACUUCAUCCCAUGCCAUAAACAAUGAAAUGUGUCAUUUAUGCACUGCCUCAACCAAGAGAGCUAGUAAAAUAAUUGAUAUUUUCAACUGAAACCAGUAUUUUCCUGUUGGCCUAGUUGUCGGGAUGCUAAAAAAAUAGUAAUGGUUUGCUAGCUUCACAGCGUUUACACCUUUCUGGGGAAUCAACCUGGGAUAGGAGAAAGUGUGGUAGCAUUCAAAGCAUAACACACAUCGCCUUUCGCUAAAGCUAGCUAGCUGCAGGACUGAAUGGCUUUGCUUGUAUCAGACUGUGUGCAGGUUGAUAAGUGUAAGAUGCUUUAAGGAGGUGCUCGGGCAGAUGUGCAUUAGCUAAUGUUGCAUGAUCGCAGCUGGGUUGGGCAGAGCUAAUAGACACACCAUAACACUGACAUCAUCAAGAGAGUGGGGGGAAGCUGGGCUGAGAGGGAAAGAGAGAAAGGGAAUGAAGAAGAGAGGGAGGGAUUAAGCAAGCCACAGUAAGGGACAGAGCAACUGACAGAAAGCAGAGAGAGACCGAGAGGACGCAGGGCUAGACUCAGUCCGCACAGAACCUUGUGGAUUUCUCCUUCGCUUCCUCUGCAUUUUUCCUUUUCCCUUUCCCUAGCCAUCCCCCUUUCCCCUCCCUCUUCCCCCCCACUGUCCUCUCUGCUCUGGACCGCUCCUCCGGGCAUGCUACUUAAGCCAAAGUAUGGCCGCUUCCGGAACGACUCAGUGACCUCCUCCGACGACCUGAUGCAGAGCCUAGCCAUGAGCGGGAAGGUGGUGGCCACGCCGGUGGCCUCCUCAUCCACGCCUGGCUUGGAGCUGCCACCCCUGGAGACUGCUGCUCUUCCUCCGCCUUCGGUCCAGGUGCUGGCCGACUCACCCGGGCUGGAUGGCGAGCAGGACGGCACCACCACCUUCUGCAUGCUCAUUCCUAAGAUGCCCCAGUGGAAGUUCUCCAAUUCGUUGCUCAGUCGUAGCCCGUCCAAUAGCAGUUCCAAUUCCAGCAAGGAUUCCAGCAGGGCGCCUCCGACCAAUAGUUCCCCUGGUGCGGCUUCAGGGGGGGCACUUGCUGCCAGUGGUCCCGUGGCUAGUCUUGCAGCUGUGUUCAACUCCUGUGACCCUGUUUGUAUGGGCCCAUGUUCCCUACAGGCCGCCAGGAGGCAGAGGGCCAGUCCAAGAGAGUCCAGCCCAGGGGCCACCGAGGGGAGUCCAGGGAGCUCUGGGAGCUGCAGGACCGGGAUGAACCGGAGGACCAGGGUGGAAGGAAUGUGGCUGGGAGAUAACUUAACCCAGAAGGGCAGCUUCAUCAACAAGCCCUCACAUGGGUGGUUGCAUCCAGACAAAAAGAUCAGCAGCACGGGGGCUUCGUACAUCGUCAGGUACAUGGGCUGCAUUGAGGUUCUGAAAUCAAUGAGAUCUUUGGACUUCAGCACUAGGACACAAGUCACAAGGGAGUCCAUCAACAGGUUGUGUGAAGCUGUACCAGGAGGAAAAGCUGCCUGGAAGAAGAAAGCCACCAGUAAAACCCUCCAGUCUAUCAUGGGGAAGAGUAACCUGCGUUUCGCUGGAAUGAGCAUCGGUGUCAACAUCUCCAUUGACGGCUUGAGUCUACUCGUCCCCACCACACGACAGGUGAUUGCCCAUCACCCCAUGCAGUCCAUAUCUUUCGCCUCUGGUGGAGACUCGGAUACACCAGAUUACGUCGCUUAUGUGGCCAAAGACCCUGUCAAUCAAAGAGCGUGUCACAUCCUGGAGUGCGGUGACGGUCUCGCCCAGAAUGUGAUCAGUACCAUCGGCCAGGCCUUCGAACUGCAGUUCAAACAGUACCUACACAGCCCACCCAAAGCCAUUCCCGCCAUGGAUAGGACCAUACGAACAGAGGAGUCGGCAUGGGGUGAUGACGAGGAAUCAUCUGAGCACAAUUACUACAACAGCAUACCAGGAAAGGAGCCUCCUGUUGGGGGAGUGGUGGACUCUAGGCUCAGGCCUCCUGCGGGCCUACUGGGUCAUGUCCAUACGCAACCACAGAGCAAAACCACUCAGAUGGGGUCACCGGCCAAAAGAGAUGCAGGCAGCCUCCCUGCCACCCACUUGUGUUAUGAAGUGCACUGGGACACAGAGAAAAACAGCAGCUCAAGUUUGACUUCCGAUGGUUACCUGCGAGCAGACGGUCAUCCUCCAGGUAGCCGCGAUUACGAGGAACACCUGUACGUAAACACCCAGAAUCUGGACAACAUGGAGGCUUCAGCGGAUGCCCGAGGAGGACGUAGACCCGAGAGUCCAAAGAAAGACAUUUUUGAUAUGAGACCGUUUGAGGACGCCUUGCGUCUACACGAGGCCAGUGGAGUUUGUGUAUUGGAGGACAAGUGGCCGAGUCCCCCACGCCGUCGGGCCCCCGUGGCCCCCACAGAGGACCAGCUGCGGCGGGAGAUGUGGUAUCACGGGCGCAUGAGCCGCAAGGAUGCAGAGAAUCUGCUGGGCCGAGAUGGAGAUUUCCUAGUGCGGGACAGCGCCACUAAUCCGGGCCAGUAUGUGCUGACUGGGAUGCAGUGUGGGCUUCCCAAACAUCUGCUGUUGGUGGAUCCUGAAGGAGUGGUUCGGACUAAAGACAUGCUUUUUGAGAGCAUCAGCCACCUGAUCAACUACCACCUGACAAACAAGCUGCCGAUUGUUGCAGCAGAGAGUGAGUUACACCUCCAGCAGGUGGUCUGCAGAAUGAACUGACCUCUAUCUGAAGCCCAUAUUGAGUACAUGGGUGUAAGGCCGUCCCCCGUGCCGCCAAUCUAGAGGCCCCACACUGUUGCCUUAAACAGACUCUGAGCUUUCACUGGGACUUGUGGGAUAUCGCUGUUUCUUAAGCACUGACCACAAACAGCUUUCAGCAUGUCUUGCUCCAUCAACCCCUUCUUCAACAGAGAAGACCCCAACUGAGACUUUGGCAUUGGGAAAUAAAGUGCUUGUGAUCACUGAGUUUCCCAGCAGACUGUUCUUGGCAUUGCCUGAAAUGUGAACUUAGGAGAAACCUAUGAGACAGACAGUCUUAUUCCCUUCCUUUACAUCCAUACGAGCGCUCGUAAUCAGUGAACUGUUGUUUCUAAAUAUGAUGUAUUGAGUAACUGUGGCUCUGAUCUUCUCUAAUGGUCACCUCUGAGACUGUGGACAUCUUUGUGUGUUGUGCAUACCAACGAUAUGCUCUCAGGAUGCAGUAUUUGUUAAGGACAUUAUAUAAAGCUCAUAAGCUCAGUUGCUUUAA